CGCACACACACACACAGGCAUACAGAGUGAGGCAGCGAGGGAGGAGGAGAGCAGAGUGUCAGAGAAUGGAAGCGUAGACAGAAGAGCGAUCGCAGAGAGAGAGAGGAACAGAGGAAACAAGAGAGAACAAGAGAGACAGAGAGAUAUUGGACGAGCAGAGGACUAAAAUAGCAGAAAGGAGAAACGCGUGAGAGAGAGAGAGAGAGAGAGAGAGAGAGAGAGAGAGAGAGAGAGAGAGAGCACAGAGAGCAACCUGUCCAUUGGAGCAGAGACUGACAGAUCGGCUGAGAGGGUGCGUUUGUUUUGUUGCACGACAGAGAAGGGAUGGAGACACGGCUGGCGGAAGGAGCUUCUGGGACGACGCGCAGCGCGGAGGAAGCCAGGGUGGGAGACUGAGCCAGCAGCACAAGGUGUGACGGAGAGCCAGGCACAGCCAGAGGAGAGAGAGAGAGAGGGACGUGACGUACCAACCCCAGCAUCCAUCUUACCUAGCCAUCCCACCUCUGUCGACUCCUGCCCCCCCGUCCCUUCUCCUCCACCCGGGAUACAAAGGCUCUCCACCGUCCGUCCGUCCAUCCUUCCGUCCGUUCCCUUCUGUCCUGGCCCCAGCGGUGCUGUGGUCGUCGGUGUCACGCCUGGUACGCUCCGCGCAGGGCUGAGAGCGUCAGACGGGGAGGUGAUUUAACCAGCGGAAUAACAAGAGAAGUGCGCAGGUCGCUGGACCAUCGGCGUCUCAGAGGCCACGGGAGCGAGCGUCACUGCAGGAUCAGCACCCAGGGAGGCAUCCUCCUGGACGGGCGAUAAGAGCCCCUCGCUCCAGUGGGAGGGUCUCAGGGUCAAGCAGCCCUCCACUCCCAUCCCUCCUUAAGGAGGCUGGCUGGCUGACAAGCAGGAGAGGGAGGCGCUCCGCCGUAGCUCCUCUGGAACGUUCCAGAAUAACCCUCCCUCCCACAAAUAAAACAUCUUAUCAGCGGUCAAGUCAGCACCAGGGUCAUUGUGGGUCAUAGGACCACAGCGGGAGCGGUUGCCCUUUUCUGUGACACACAUACACACACACACGUACACACACACCACACCGUUGGCUGAAACUAGGAAGGAAGUGCUGGUUCUUCUCCCUGUUUCGUUGCAGAGACGCUCGCUAGACCGCAGGACGUGUGAGCCAACGCGCGUCGAACUCAGACCUUCUACAACUUCUAUUUAUUCUGUUCGGUUUGCCAAACUGGGAAAAGUCCACCCAGGACUCCAGUCCCCUAUAUAUGUAUGUGUGAAGAUCUAUAUUAUCAUAAGAUACAUGUUAGAUUAAGAUAAUCUGGUGUGAUCACUGAGUGAGGAGUAUAUCUUUGUUUGUAAGCGGAAAUAUAUUCAUAUCGUGUCUUUGUGUAUUAGAUAUACAUAUCUGCUAUUAAUCUAUGUUUGGGAACAUUACACAACGCACAAAGGGUUCUGUGUACACCAAACAAACGAAUAAGCUAAGCUCAUAAGCUAAGUGCUCAACACGGCCGCAGCGACCAGAGCUGGACUCGCGGCGCGGUGGUGCUAGCGUCGCAGAACCCGGGGUGCUGAAACCACUGAGGUGCUCUGGUCUUGGUCCUCACUCCUGACCCCCCCUCUCACCAAGACCACCCCCCUCCCCCUCCAGGUCUUUACCAUCAAGACCGCCGCUCAAAGUCAAUAACAACAACAACAACAACAACAACAACAACAACAACAACAACAACGAGAUAAAGCCACCCCAACAGACAGAACCAUGGAUAGAAGCAUACGUCCCCACGUUCCUUCCAAUGGCUGACCACCAGACCCCCAGUCCACCUCCCAGCCAGUAGGGCGCAGUCCUCCCACCCCCCGUAUCGACUCCAGCCACCGACCCCCUCCAGCCGCUCCUCCUCCACCUCUCUUCCAGUCCUUCAAGACCUCCGACCACCGCCCCCCCGGUCCCCCGCCCAGGGGGGAAGGUGCAUGUCGUGCCUGCGUCGGCAGGCCAUCAGCCUCCCCAUGGACACCGUCAAGAUCCUCCCGUCGGAGAAGUUCCCCCGGGAGUGCCCGCCCGGGACCCCCGUCACCCGGCCGCGCUUCACGCCGCCCCCCCGGGUCGCGUGGGACGGCGGGGGCGGCUGCGGGGAGGGGCAGAUCAUCGUGAACCAGGCCUGCGGCGACCUGGCGGCCCGGGAGCUGCCGCCGGCGCUGCCCGUGCUCCGCAGGGAGGCGGGCUUCCUGGCGGCGCAGCGCAAGGCCAGCGCCGGCGAGAUCUGCUACCACCAGUUCCACUACAAGAUGGACGACGUCAUCGUCAACCAGUACGUGCUGCGCUCCUCCUCCACCUCGUCCUCGGCCUCCUCCACCUCCUCGGCCUCCUCCUCGUCCGCCUCCUCCGCCUCCUCCGCCUCGGGGCCCGUCAUGCCCUGCGAGCCGCUGGACUGCCCCACCUGCGGCCACACCUACAACUUUGCGGGCAAGCGGCCGCGCAUCCUGUCCUGCCUGCACUCGGUGUGCGAGGAGUGCCUGCAGAUCCUCUACGAGUCCUGUCCCAAGUACAAGUUCAUCUCCUGCCCCACGUGCCGCCGCGAGACCGUGCUGUUCACCGACUACGGGCUGGCCGCCCUGGCCAUCAACACCAGCAUCCUGAGCCGGCUGCCGCCCGACCCCAACGGCCCGGUGCAGUGGGGCGGCGAGGCGGACCGCAGCUGCUACCAGACGGUGCGGCAGUACUGCCAGUCCGCCUGCACCUGCCACGUGGCCAACCCGCUGUCCACCUGCGGCAUCAUGUGAGGCUUUGGAGGGCUUCUGAAGGGGGAGGCCUGCUUCUUCACGAUUCCCCCACCUGCUAAAAAAAGGUCCAUCCCGGCUCGUUUGCUCCGCCCCCUCCCCCACGUCGUGUCAGCGUCCUCAACAUGCGUGAACCCCCGCCGUCCCCCCAUCCCCCCACCCCUCCCCCAAUCCACUGAUCCACUGUAUCUAUUAUAUAUAUUGAAUAGCACACAGGAGGGGUUUAUGUUGGAGGGACACGUGAUGGAGGGGAGCUAGGAGGGUCACAUGAUGGAUGGACACAUGAUGGAGGGACACCUGGUGGAUGGACACAUGAUGGACACAUGAAGGAUGGACACAUGAUCGAUGAACACAUGUUGGAGGGACACAUGAUGAAGGGACACAAGACAGAGUGACACAUGACGGAGAGACACAUGAUGGACACAAGAUGAACACAUGAUGGAGAGACACAUGUUGGAUGGACCCAUGAUGGAGAAACACAUGAUGAACACAUGACGGAGAGACACAUGUUGGAUGGACCCAUGAUGGAGGAACACAUGAUGAACACAUGAUGGAGAGACACAUGUUGGAUGGACACAUGAUGGAGAGACACAUGUUGGAUGGACACAUGAUGGAGAGACACAUGUUGGAUGGACACACGACAAAAGAACAAGCCAGAUGGACGGGGAGAACUAUAGCAAAUAAAUGUAUUUUACGAAUGGACUAGAAUCCUCUAUUCACCCUCUUUGUUCGGAUGUGUUUGUCGUAACUCUUGACAUGGGAAUGCCAGAGGCAGUCUGCUCCCUCAACCUGGUGAAUGAAAAUGAGACAAAUAAAAUAAAGUUAAAAAAAGUAUA